AUGUCGCAGGGGCCGCCGGGCGCGGGGCAGCUCAACGACCUGCCCGACCACUCGCCGCUGGUGCGCAGCGCCGCGGCCGAGCUGCGGCGGCGGGCGGAGGCUGAGCCCGGACAGCGCUGGCCGCAGCCCCUCGAGGAUUCCUUCCUGCUGAGGUUCCUGCGCGCCAGAGACUUCCACCUGGACCUGGCCUGGAGGUUACUGAAGAACUACCAGAAGUGGAGAAUUGAGUGCCCAGAAAUAAGUGCAGAUUUGCAACCAUCUUCUAUUCUCGGUCUUCUGCAAGCUGGCUACCAUGGAGUCCUGAGACAAAGGGAUCCCCAUGGAAGCAAAGUUCUGAUCUACAGAAUUGGACAAUGGGAUCCGAACUUGUUUACAGCCUACGAGGUGUUCCGUGUAAGCCUCAUCACAUCCGAGCUCAUUGUCAAGGAGACUGAGACUCAGCGGAAUGGAGUCAAGGCUAUCUUUGAUCUUCAAGGCUGGAGAAUCGCUCAUGCAUUUCAAAUCAGUCCAGCAGUGGCCAAGAAAAUUGCUGCUGUGCUCACAGAUUCCUUUCCACUAAAGGUUCGAGGUAUCCACUUGAUUAAUGAGCCUUUAUUCUUCCACCCAGUCUUCGCUCUAAUUAAGCCUUUUCUCACUGAAAAAAUAAAGCAACGGGUGUAUAUGCAUGGAAGUAACUACACACAGAGCCUGAGCGAGCACUUCCCAGUCAGCAUUCUCCCACAGGAAUAUGGUGGGGAGGAAGUCUCCAUGGAAGAGCUGGCCAAGGAGUGGACUGACUUUAUAAUGGCAUCUGCAGAUUACCUGCAAAGCAUCUCUCUGGUUGCCCAAGAAUAACCUUCUCUCAGUAUUUCUCUCAGUCCUUGAAUGUAAAGCUGAAAUGGUUGUAUGUGAACCCAGUAAGUGUCUGCAGUGCACUGGGGGUAUGGUGACUGCAUCUCUGACUGGAGUCCAGCAGGAAGGGCAGCUCAGGAGAUUGAGUAAUUCUGCAGAUUUGCAAUGGGGGCUUGUAAUUAACAGGUGUGCCACAAAUGGUGCUGGGUAUCAGACACUGACACUGCUCCUGGGGAGCCUGUGGGGACAGCUGUCACAGUGCAGUCCGGAGCCUUAGCUCUUGUGUCUUGUCAAGAUAACAGGCUAUAAAAAAACAGAAGAGAAGCUGCACAGAGUAGACUGGCUUGUACUGGAAGUGUGAGUGCAAGGCUCAUUCACAAGGAGUGAAAGGAGGCUGCUUGUUGGGUUGAUUCUCAGGGAAAAAGGCUGUUUUGUGAGUUUGUGGCAAACUGCAACUUAAUCAGCAGUAGUGAGACAUUGGUGGCAACCUUCCUGCUGCUUGUGCAGCUUCCCUUUUUGUGCUAAUUAACAGUAAUCUUCUGGUAGAGGAAGAGGGGGAAAACACCCUGUACUUGUUCUUCAAGAGACAGUACACAUCAGGAGGAGGGACUGGAAGGAGAGUCAAAGCCUUAACAAUUCUCAUUUUCUUCACAGCAAUACUGUCUGUGGACGAGCUCUUAAGCAGCUCAGGUGAUGAUCACUUUUAAUUCCUACUGUAGAGCACUGCAGAGGCUGAGAGCUCUUAGAUCUUUACAGUAUCUGUUCUGGAAGGUGCAGUAGAUGAUCCUUUGUGGACCUGACCUUCAGAAACAUCAGUUGUGUGGUUUUAAGAAUGCUUGUAGGCCACUUUGGACCUUGGCAUUGGACCUGCUGAGUAUCUUCCAUGUUAUUAUUUGGAACAUAAAGUCUGUGUCUUUUCUUGGGCACUGGAAGAAGUGGGUUUUAAUUUCUCUUGGGCUCUUUCCUUUAUUUCUUUAGAGGCAAUGAAAAAGUAAUGUUUCACUUAGGGAAAAGGGAUUCCUUAAGGGACAUUUUUCAGGUCUGAACACUGCAUGUGCAGAAGCUCUCAUGUUCCAUGGCAGCACCAUCCUGAAUUCCCCAAGGUUUUAAUUCUCUAAACCAUUAUUUGCCUUUUCACUCAGCUUUUGGUUACAAGUUCUGUUAGUACACCAGCUGCUGGAGGUCACUUGCCCAGUGUCUAACUCUGCUCUUUGCUAAGCCAGAGGCUCUUUGCAGAACCAUUCCAGAUUAGCUUUCCUCUCAAUCAAUUCUGUGUCUCAGGUAGCUGGAAAGCUAACCAGUUAGUUUGGAAUCUUGAGAACAUUUGAAUCAUAGAAUCAUAGAAUCAAUUAGGUUGGAAGAGACCUCCAAGAUCAUCCAGCCCAACCUAGCACCCAGCCCUAGCCAGUCAACUAGACCAUGGCACUAAGUGCCUCAUCCAGGCUUUGCUUCAACACCUCCAGGGACAGAAACUCCACCACCUCCCUGGGCAGCCCAUCCCAAUGCCAAUCACUCUCUCUGACAACAACUUCCUAACAACAUCCAGCCUAGACCUGCCCUGGCACAGCUUGAGGCUGUGUCCCCUUCUUCUGUGGCUGGGUGCCUGGCAGCAGAGCCCAACCCCACCAGGCUACAACCCCCCAUGUGUUACACUGAUGGAGAGGAAUGGGAUUAUCCUCUUCCAUCAGAACUGAAUUCUUUCAGAUUAUCAUGACCACUGUGAAAGGCCCAGAAGAUGAGCAGCUAUGGUUUCUUCUGCUCUAAGUUACAGGCACAAGACAUCCUAAGUACAAAAUCCAGGUACAAAAUCCUGAGGGCUUUUGUUUGUUUGUUUUUAAUCAUCUUGUUUUUUAAUUGCAACUUCCUGAAGUGCACUUCUCAUUCUUACAGGGUCACUGUGAUCUGGAGGCUGAAUUGAAGGCAAAACUUUUCAGCUCCAUUUUCACCUAUCUCGUAACUCUUUUCCUCAGACUGAACUGGUCUGUGAUGUAAAAGCUCCUUAAAUAGAGGAGUUCAGGGAAGUGCUCCUUCUCCUUUAUAAGAAAAUAAACUUUCAGUAGACAGGCAUCUGGCAGCUCCUCGAGUGUGUGACUCAAGUUCCAAGUCAUUUUAUAAAGCAAGCUGGAGUUCUUGAUUUUUACCCCCUGCAGCUUUCAUUUUCCCCCUCUUCAGUUUUAAUCCUUGAAUGUGAGUUGCAGGAAGGAAUGAGCUACGUGGCAGUGGACAGGAAAAUUCCUGUGAAACCAAAUCUAAUCCUUGCUGGGUUAGGUGGCAGAGAGUUUUGAGUGCUGUAGAGAUGCAUGUGGACAAGGGUCAGCUGGUUUUAGAAAUCUUCAGUUGAACUAGGAACUGGUUGCAAGAUAGAGUUCAGAGGGUGGUGAUCAAUGGUGCCAGGUCCAGCUGGGGAGCUGUGAGUAGUGGUAUCCCCCAGGGAUCAGUGCUGGGGCCAGUCCUGUUCAACAUCUUCAUCAGUGACAUUGAUGAGGGCACAGAGUGUCUGCCUAGCAAGUUUGCUGACAACACCAAGCGGGGAGGCUUGGCUGAGACAGCUGCAGCCUGUGCUGCCAUCCAGAGAGACCUGGCCAGACAGAGCUGGGCACAGAGGAACCAGAUGAGGUUCACCAAGGACAAGUGCAGAGUCCUGCACCUGGGGAGGAAUAACAAACUGCAGCAGCACAGGCUGGGAGGUGACAGCUGGAGAGCAGCCCUGUGGAGAGGGAGCUGGGGGCUAACAAGUUACCCAUGGCACAGCAAUGUGCCCUUGUGGCCAAGAAGGCCAAUGAGACCCUGGGGUGUAUUAGGAGGAGUGUGUCCAGCAGAUCAAGGGAGGUUCUCCUCCCCCUCUACUCUGCCCUGCUGAGACCUCACCUUGACUCCUGUGUUCAGUUUUGGGCUCCCCAGUUGAAGAGGGACAGGGAUCUGCUGGAGAUGGUCCAGCAGAGGGCUGGGAGGAUGAUGAGGGGACUGGAGGGCAUGGCUGAUGAGGAGAGGCUGAGGGAUUUGAUAAAUGUUUCUAAGUAUCUGAGGGCUGCCAGGAUGGGGGGACAGGCUCUGCUCACUGCUCCCUGGGACAGGACAAGGAGCAAUGGGUGUAAAUUGCAGCACAGGAGGUUCCAGCUCAACACAAGGGGGAACUGCUUGACUGUAAGGGUCCCAGAGCCUGGCACAGGCUGCCCAGAGAGGUUAUGGAGUCUCCUUCCCUGGAGACUUUCCAGGCCUGUCUGGAUGUGUUCCUCUGUGAUCUGUGUUAGAUAGGAUUGUCCUGCUCUGGCAGGGGGGUUGGACUCGAGGAUCUCCUUGGGUCCCUUCCUAUCCCUGACAUCCUGUGAGCCUCUGAUCCUGUGAACUAUACUUGGCACUAUGGAUUUAAAGCCCCAAAUGCCUUCAAAUCUAUGCUGUUAUUAAAUGGUACCAUGUACACCUAACGACAGUUAGAGUCCUGACUGCAGUGCUUUCAUGAGCAGUUAAUUACUUCUUAAUGUUUACACUUUAUGUAGAAGGUAGGAACUUAAUGUAAGGGACAAUUGUGGUUGCUGCUGAAAGGGACAUGAGAUAAUUUGCAUAAGGAGUGGAAGAAGCAUGCACAGAAUCAGCAAGGCUGGAAGAGACCUCCAAGGUCAUCCAGUCCAUUGGUAUGAGUUGUGGUGGUGUGGCAGCUUUCAGCUGCAGAAUCAACAAAACAUCUCUUAAGUGCAUUUACCUUUAAGGGCAUCAGGAGUACCUCAGAGUUGCUGCUGACUGAUGAUGCAAAUGGAAUUUACUACUGACAAUAAGCACAAUGUAAUGCACAGUGCUUCUUAACUUUGGUAUGGAGUAACACUUAGUAAUAAACAUUUUCUACUUGAA